GAAGAAGAAGAAGAAGAAGAAGAAGAAGAAGAAGAAGAAGAAGAAGAAGAAGGAAAUGGAGAGAACCCCUCAGCCCAACAUGGGCCAGGGGUGGGGUAGGAGAUGGUGUUUGAUUGGGAGAGACACAGCAGAGACUCACAUGGUGAAGCACACACCCCUGAGUCCCAGCCCUACUCUCGCUGCCAAGGCCGGGUCAGAGUAACCGAGAGCCAGUGAUGUCUCUACUAUCCUUAACCAACCCUCCAGGCUGGAGUGUGUGCUCUGCUCUCUGUCUCCUCAUUGUGCUUCUCCCAGAAACAAAGGCAUACGUCCUGAAUGCUACCACUCAGCAGAACGGUGGAGGCUCUCAGUGUGGGGAGUACGUUAACCAGGUGGGUGAGAAUGGCAUGUGUCGGAUUGUGGCCACGCUGCCUCAGGUGGACGGACAGAAAUGCCCCGAUAUGUUCCGCUGCACAGAUGAGGUUUCCUACUGGCUGCAUGAGAAUGAAGAGAGGAAACAGCAGAUUAUGACGCUGAAGGAAACCAUCUCUGAGCUGCAGGAGGAGCUGAGGAACCACCGCCAUCGUAUCAAGGUCCUCGAACUGCAGAAUGAAGAGAGGAGCCACUUGAACAUCUCCUUGGAGCAGCGCUUUUAUGCAUUAGAGGUGCAUUAUGCUGAAGCCACUACACUGCUGCACCUACAGGGCACGCUCAUCCUAGACCUGCAGAGCCAAAUUCAUAAUUUGACUGUUUUUGUGGAUAAAAUGAAAAGAAACCCUGGAUGUUUGGCCAAUGUUGUCCAUCCCAACCCACUGAUGAAUACAGAAGGAUCCCAUUACCCAGAUGUUCAUCAUUUGAGGAACUGUCCUAUAGACUGUGCUUCUGUCUACUACAAUGGAGUGAGGAGAUCAGGUCUCUACACGGUGGUGCCAUCGAUGGCAGGGAGGCCGGUGGAAGUGUAUUGUGACAUGGAUACAGACGGUGGUGGCUGGACUGUGAUCCAGCGGCGAGUUGACGGCUCCGUGAGCUUUGACCGCAGCUGGAGGGACUACAGGGAUGGAUUCGGUGACCUGCACUCAGAGUUCUGGCUGGGCAAUGACCACAUACAUGAACUGACGGCCCAGGGGGACUACAGCCUUCGCAUUGAUCUAGAAGACUGGAGCAACAAGCACAAACACGCCCUGUACCAGAGCUUCAGUGUGGAAGAUGAAGACCACCAGUAUCGUCUUCAUGUUUCAGGUUUCAGUGGUACGGUCCAGGACUCCUUCAGCUGGUACCAUGACAGGCAGGGCUUCAGUACACCUGACAGCGGUAACAUCUGCGCUGAGAUCUCCCACGGCGGGUGGUGGUACAACCAGUGUUUCUAUGCCAACCUAAAUGGAGUUUACUACGGGGGAGGUCAUUAUACCCCUAACAGCCGUGGGCCCCUCGGUCCUGAUGGGAUCGUUUGGCACUCCUGGAGAGACUCUGAUUAUUACUCUCUGCGCAAAGUCAGCAUGAUGAUCCGUCCUCACACCUUCAGAGGCCGUGUGUCACCCUGAGACGCCGUUACCAUGGCAACAGAGAUGACACAGAUAUCACAGUGGGACGCUGCAGUGAAGAUGACAUCCUUUUUUUAUUUUCUGAGCUCAUCAAGAAGGAAGUAAAUGUCACAAGUGUCAACUGCAGUUUUUGUCGUGAGUCGACCCACAAAGUAAAUGACAUCUCUCCAGCUAUUUUCAAGCUUUUUACCUUUUUUGCGCAAAUACAACUGGUAUACUUGAUAUUUUCACCUUAAAAACUAUGGACCUUUUUUCUUUUGCAUAAUUCUGGAAACAAACUUUUAAUUAAGCUCCACUUUGGACUCAUGGUUAUUUGUGGAAAGUAAGUUUUUGGUGUUUUUCACUCACUUGGUCAUAGGAAGUUAGUUCUUCCUUAUUUUUUACUUCUAUUUUGUACCUUUAGUUUGUUACUUCAAAUUUUGACACACCACUAGUGACAAAUCCAUUGAUGCAUUGAGAAAGAGAACUGUGAGAGGAGACGUGUAAGCCAGUAGUGAGACAUUUUUACUGAAUGCUCUGCAUAUGUUAUGAAUAUUGCAUGUACUAUAUUAAUUAUCUUUUAUCUAAUUUGCAGAAAUUUUGAAUUUAAGAUAAUGACAAAUUUAAUUCAGCAUGUAUUAAAGUAUGUUAAUUGCAUUCUAUUACCCAAAUGAGUCAAAACACUAAAUUGUGCUAUACAUAAUGAUGCCAAUCCUUGUCUCACUGUAUUGGGUCAGGCAGAAAAGAUAAACUCUUGUUGGAAGAUGUGUUUAAUGUUUAAUGACAUGAGUGGUACAAUAAACAUACAGUAUAAAAAUU